AUGAAUGGCCAUUCUCACACUCCAUCGGAGGUCACACCCGUGGACUUUUCCAUACCUCGGCCCAGUAUGCGGCGCGAUUCGCUGAGGAGCAGUGUGAGCGUCGUCUCUGACGUGGAGAUGGCUCGAAAUGAGGUCUUUGACGGACCAAUCUCCGAGAGUAUCCCGUCGAGCGUUGUUUCAUUCUCCCACCGUCGCAACCGAGCCGGAUCUACAGUCAGCUUCACAUACUUUCAAGGCGGCGAAGAUUUUGCGGAUUUGUCAAAUGAGGAUGCCGUGGAAGACUUGGAGGGUCUGGGGUCGGAUCUCGGGGAUCUGUCCGGGAAUGAAGGAUUGAUUGAGGAGGAUAUCGAGUCUCGUCGAAGUUCGUUUGUCUCCAAGAGACAGUCCCAGUCUCGAGAAUCGUUUGAGCAGCCGUUACUGUCUAGAUAUGUGUCAGUAAGCUCGUUUGGGCGAGAUCGCCGAGCUGGAAGCAGGCUUAACCAGAAAGUGUACAUUGCGUCGGAAGACCUUACAGCAGUAUUCGCAGGCUUCUCCACCAGCAUCGGGGGCUUUUGCUUAUAUUUACUGUUAUGUGUCUUCACUGGUGGCUUAGGCUACCUUUUGCUCAGGUGGCUUCCACGCUGGCGAGUCAAGCUGGUCGGGAAAGCAACUCCUUUGGGGAAAUGCCAAUGGGUUGCCAUUGAGGACCAAUGGAAUCACUUUACCACGCAUACUGUGCAUACACAAUUGUACGAGCGUCCUCUAUCGACUGUUUUUGUGGAUUCCUCGGGUCAGCUGUAUGACGAAGACAGAGAUCCCACCAUCACGACUCUUCGAUUUCUGGAUUACCGCUAUCUGCGGUUUUUUCACCAUCCUAUUGAGGACAAAUUUUCUCUGAUUAGUGGAUGGAAAGAUCCUGCCUGGACUACUGCUAAAGCCAUGAGAGCAGGCCUAGAUGCCGACGAGCGUGAUAGUCGAGAACAAAUUUUCGGACAAAACAACAUUGAGAUUCAGCAGAAAUCUGUCCUUCAGUUGCUUGUAGAUGAGGCAUUCCACCCUUUCUAUAUCUUCCAAGUGGCAAGUCUCAUCCUCUGGUCUAUGGAUGAGUACUAUUACUAUGCAGUCUGUAUCUUUCUCAUAUCCGCCUUUAGCAUCGCAACAACCGUACUGGAAACAAAAUCGACCAUGCGCCGCUUAAGAGAAAUUUCUUUGUUUGACUGUGACGUGCGGGUUCUGCGGAAUGGCUUUUGGCGAUCGGUCUCUUCCCAGGAUUUGGUACCUGGAGACGUGUUUGAAUUUUCCGAUCCAUCUCUGAAUCAGGUACCAUGCGACUGCCUUCUACUUUCUGGUGACUGCAUUGUAAAUGAAAGCAUGCUCACUGGAGAAUCGGUACCUGUUUCAAAGUCGCCCUUGACCGAUGAUGCUCUUAAGUAUUUGGAUCUCAGUGCCCCCUCAAUCCAUCCAAACGCUGCCAAACAUUUCCUGUUCAGCGGUACCAAAGUCAUUCGAGCGAGGCGACCUCAGAACGUCGACGACGACGAAGCCGUUGCGCUGGCGAUAGUGGUCAGAACUGGCUUCUCGACAACUAAAGGUGCUCUAGUCCGCUCAAUGCUUUUCCCCAAACCAUCUGGGUUCAAGUUCUAUCGAGACUCUUUUCGCUACAUUGCCGUGAUGGCCGUUGUUGCUCUGUGUGGUUUCGUCGCUUCGUUCAUUAAUUUCAUCCGGCUCGGUCUCUCCUGGCACCUGAUCAUUGUUCGAGCCUUAGAUUUAAUCACAAUCGUGGUUCCUCCAGCACUUCCAGCAACGCUUACCAUUGGUACGAAUUUUGCGCUAUCACGACUGAAAAAGCAAGAGAUCUUCUGCAUUAGCCCCCAGAGGGUCAAUGUAGGCGGCAAACUGGACGUCGUUUGUUUCGACAAGACUGGGACUUUGACAGAGGAUGGACUGGAUGUGCUGGGGGUACGCAUAGUGAGCAGCACUCAAAAAUUUUCUUCACUUUUGUCCGAAACAGCCAACGGGUCGCUUGUUCUCAUGCCAGGCACAAGCACUGGAUAUGAUCACGAAAAACAGCAGAAAAUUAUGUACACCAUGGCAACAUGCCACUCGCUACGAGUAGUAGAUGAGGAACUUCUGGGAGAUCCUCUUGAUAUCAAAAUGUUUCGAUUCACCGGAUGGUCUUAUGAGGAGGGUGGUAAUCAAGCCCCUGAGCCCACUGCUUCCAAGUUUGACACAAUCACACCGUCUGUGGCAAGGCCUCCUGCCGUACAUGCGAAUGACACCCAGCAAAAUGGCACUACCGCUUCGAUUGAGCUCGGCGUCCUCAGAAAUUUUGAGUUUUUUUUCUCAGCUUCGCCGAGCAAGCGUCGUGGUCCGACAAUUUGGGGAUGCAGGAGUCAACUUCUUCGUGAAGGGAGCUCCGGAGAAGCAUUCGUGACAUCUGUCUACCCGAGUCCCGUUCGUGCUCCUCCUAAAGUUCUGAUCAGGUUGAAUAGACUGACAAGUUUCACAGUUCCAGCGGAUUACGAUGAAUUACUCAGUCACUACACUCAUAGGGGAUAUCGAGUAAUUGCUUGUGCGACUAAAUAUGAGCGGAGGCUGAGUUGGAUGAAAGUUCAAAAGCUAACUCGAGCCGACGCAGAGAGCAACCUCGAGUUUUUGGGAUUCAUUAUCUUUGAAAACAAACUCAAACCCAGUACCGCGCAGGUUAUAUCGGAAUUGAAUACUGCUGGCAUUCGCAAUGUCAUGUGUACAGGUGACAACAUCUUAACAGCCAUCAGCGUCGCAAAGGAAUGCAAGAUGAUCGGCCCAGAUGAAGACUGCUACAUUCCGCAUUUCGUCGAAGAGCCAGGGUUGUUGCCAAGGACCAAACUCUACUGGGAAAGUGUCGAUGAUCCGGAAUUUACUUUAGAUCAACGCACACUUCUGCCCAUCGAAAGAAACGAUCGGUCUGUUCCGACUAAUGCGCUCCGGAAGCACCGAUACUGUGUUGCUGUGACAGGCGACGUAUUCCGGUGGAUGAUUGACUAUGGCAAUGAGGACAUUCUCAAGCGGGUCUUGGUGACUGGCAAAGUUUUCGCUCGAAUGUCGCCAGAUGAGAAGCACGAGCUUGUAGAGAAACUUCAGUCCAUUGAUUACUGCUGUGGCUUCUGCGGAGAUGGCGCGAAUGAUUGUGGUGCCUUGAAAGCUGCAGAUGUUGGGAUUUCUCUCUCAGAUGCGGAGGCAUCUGUCGCCGCACCCUUCACCAGUCGCCUGUUCGAGAUAUCCUGCGUCCCAAAGUUGAUACGUGAGGGCCGAGCUGCUUUGGUCACAAGCUUCUGCUGUUUCAAAUUCAUGAGUCUCUAUUCGACCAUUCAAUUCUGCUCCGUGAGCUUCCUGUAUACAUCCGGCUCUAACCUCGGGGACUUCCAGUUCCUGUUUAUUGAUUUGGCACUUAUCAUGCCAAUUGCGAUCUUUAUGGGCUGGACCGGCCCUUACCCUACUCUCUCGCGCAAGCGACCUACGGCAGAUCUCGUAUCACGCAAAGUCUUGACACCCCUGCUAGGUCAGAUCCUCUUGGUGGUUCUUGCACAAUUGGCUGUAUUUAGAACCAUCCAAUACCAACCAUGGUUCAUACCUCCUCAGCUUGAUCCGGAGAAGAGCAAUAUCGUCAACUCGGAAAACACAGCGCUUUUCUUAUUUUCCUGCUUUCAAUACACACUCACGAGCAUUGUCCUGAGUGCCGGCCCACCCUUUCGACAACCAAUUACGAAGAAUGCGCCUUUUCUGUGCACCAUCCUGAUUGACCUUUUGGUCGCGGGCUAUAUGCUCUUCCGCCCAUCUACGUGGGUAGCUCAAGUGAUGCAGCUGACCUUCAUGUCCGAUGGUUAUCGCAUUGGAUUGGUGGUUCUCGCAAUUGGCUUUUUCGUUUCUUCGUGGGUGGCUGAGAUGGCUGUGUUCCCUCGCCUGGCUCGGGUCAUUGGGGUCAUUCGGACACGGAUGCAGCCAAAUUACCGUAAGAAACGUCGGGAGUACAAAGUCCUCUUGGAAGGCAUGGGCUUGUAA